AAUUGUCUGUGGUCAAAGUCAAAAUCUGUCAAAUUAUCUUUCCUUUUGAAUCUCUUUCGUAACAUAUCUCAUUAGUUUGAAGCUCUGGUUUGAAGUUUUUUUUAUUCUAAAUUCCAUAACAAAAUGUUUGCUGUUCGUCAAAUUAUUACUACUGUUUCCAGAGGUGCUAGAUUGAAACAUACUUUGCCGGAUUUACCAUAUGAUUAUGCCGCUUUGGAGCCAGUAAUUUCACGUGAAAUAAUGACUCUUCACCAUACAAAGCAUCACCAAACUUACAUAACUAAUUUGAAUGCAGCGGAAGAAAAAUUAAAAAGUGCAGUUGAAAAGGGUGAUGUUACCACUCAGAUUAGCUUAGCCCCGGCACUUAAGUUUAAUGGUGGGGGACACAUUAACCAUUCCAUUUUUUGGCAAAAUUUAAGUCCUGCAAGUACAAAACCAAGUCCGGAAUUAUGUACAGCUAUUAAUAAUUCAUUUGGUAAUUUGGAGAAUUUAAAGAAACAAUUAGCUGCUACGACAAUUGCUGUACAGGGAUCUGGUUGGGGCUGGCUUGGUUAUGAAAAGCAAACAGGGCUCCUACGUGUGGCUACAUGUUCCAAUCAAGACCCACUGCAAGCAACAACCGGAUUAAUUCCAUUAUUUGGAAUCGACGUUUGGGAACAUGCAUACUAUUUGCAAUAUAAGAAUGUUCGUGCUGACUAUGUAAAUGCUUUGUUUGAUAUUGUCAACUGGGAAGAUGUUAGUCAAAGAUUCAAAAAUGCAUCUGCUUAAGUUUCAUUUUAAGGGACAUAAUAAUCUCGUAUGCAUCAUGUGAUUUUGGAUAAUAGAUUAUAGCAGUGUUAAGUUUAAAUUGUUAUAUGUUUUUUUUUACUUAUUACUACUUUAGACAGUUUGGUUAUUCUAAAUUGGUGGUCUAUAAUGAGUUAAACAAAGAUAUAAAAUCAAUUGGUUGUCUAUUCUAUCAUUAUUUUACAUGUUACAAUUCAGACCACUAAUUAAAGACAAUCAAUUCUGUAUGUAAUCAGGUGUAAUGAUACAACUAAAUAAAAGUUAUGUUAAAUACA